UACGGUCACACUCCGGCACGUUGUUGAAGAUUAGUCACUUGCAUUUUAUUUUUAGUUUACAAGAUAUUUAUUUAAAGAGGAGUACUUCCAAGUAUUUAAUAAUAAUUUUUAGUAGUGCUACCCUAAAUAGAAUAAACUCAUAAAAAUGCAGGAUCCCAAUGAAGAUACUGAGUGGAAUGAUGUGCUGCGCGCAAAGGGAAUCAUUGGACCGAAACAAAAGGAGGCCGAGAUCACAGAAGAUCAGAUCCAAGCGUUAAUGGAUGAUGCCAUCCAGCGACGCACAGAUCUGCCACCCCAGGAGGGACAACGCGAUAAGAAGAUCGAUGACAUGUCACUGGAUGAACUGGACGAGCUGGAAGAUUCCGAGGAUGAAGCUGUGCUAGAGCAGUAUCGGCAACGUCGCAUAGCUGAGAUGCGCGCCACAGCGGAGAAGGCGAGAUUUGGCAGUGUGCGAGAGAUCUCCGGCCAGGAAUAUGUCAAUGAGGUGACAAAGGCGGGCGAAGGCAUCUGGGCGGUGCUGCAUCUGUAUGCCAAUGGUGUUCCACUUUGUGCCCUCAUCCAUCAUCAUAUGCAAAACCUUGCCGUGCGCUACCCACAAACGAAAUUCAUGCGCUCCGUGGCAACGACGUGCAUACCAAACUUUCCAGAGAAGAACCUGCCCACCAUAUUCAUCUACUACGAGGGAGCGCUGCGCAAGCAGUUUAUUGGUCCGCUCGAGCUGCGUGGCGAGAAAUUGACGGUGGAGGAGCUGGAAUUUAUGCUGGGCCAGGUGGGUGCUGUACCCACCCAAAUUAAGGAGGAUCCACGACCACAAAUCAGGGAUAAAAUGCUGGCAGAUUUGGAAGAUAAGAGUGCGGACUUUUAUUAACUAAUGAGCGUCAACUAACUCAAUUGUCAUGCAUCUAUUCAUAUAAUUUUUAAAUUUCUUAUUUAAUAUCGUCUCUAGUACAAUGGAGACGACGUGUUGUGCAUUUGUUAACAAAAUAAAAUCCAUUUCAUUUGUUUUUUCUACCUGAAUUCCAACACUUCCCUCACUUAUGUGGCUUGUUACUGUUUGCCAACGUCUUUGCCAAUCCCUUUGGCUUGCCCCGAAAGAUGUUCGGAUCAAUAAUGUUGUACGGAUGCUCGCAAGCGGGAUUUAUUAUGCGUCCACGCCGCAGCUCGUGUUUCUCGAGUAGAUGCGGUGCGAGCAGCAAGAACAGUUGCUCCGUCCACGAGGGCAGGCCGAAGCUGGAAAAGCAGAGCUCCCAAUAAGGCAGACCCAAAUGUGCAAUGGCCAUGCGCAAAUAUUCGCUAAAU